AUGUCCCUAAAAAUCGUCGUAGUCGGCGCUGGCAUCGCUGGCCUCGUUGUUGCCGCCUCCUCUCUCCAACAAGCUGGCCACCGCAUUCCCGUUCUCGAAAAGUCCUCCCUGUCAACGGUGGUUGGCGUUGGCCUCCAUGUCAACCUCAAUGGGGGCCGCGUGCUCGCGCAUCUCGGCUUCGACGCCGUGCGAGGCCACGCUUGUCGUUCACACCACUGGAACGUCUUGUGCGGGGACAACUUUAAGCAACUGAGUUCCAUGCCGCUCAGUGCCACGCCGGGCCACCCAGAGCCGUGA